AUGCUGGCGAAUAUUCCAAUGCACUAUCGAUUUCCUCCUCUUUAUGGUUCCCAAUAUCAUCAUCCAGAUCUAUUCCUACCUUCAACAAAUCAGUUGCCAUCAUUAUGGGCGGCUCAUCCUGCACGAAUUCUUUCUUCUAAUACAGCCAAAUAUCCACCGGGUUAUUCAUCGUUGCCUCAUAUAAUUCCAUUUACAUUUCCAUCAAUUCCUCCUCAGCAACAUCAGAGACAAAUUCCUUCAUUUGGUUCAUGGUCAAAUACGCGGUAUAAUCAUUUGAAAGAAUCAACAGGACAUCAUUAUCGACAAAUGACAAAUAGUUCAACUCCAAGUGAUAAUAGAUUUGAAUUUGAAUCAUCUAAUAAUUUACACAAUCCUAAAAAAGCAAAAUCAUUUUCUGAUUUACGUCAGAUAGAUACACCAUCGCGUUCAAGAAAAUUUCACGGACGUCCAUUAUCGCACAAUGGUGUCGAGUUACGAAAAACAAGUGCUUCGCCACGACGAAAUCUUCUACCAAAAGCUCAUAGUUGGCAUUUUACAUCGAAUAGCCAUAAUCAGAAUUUAAGUGUAGGCUAUGCGAAACAUAUCAUGGACAAAAAUUUACAUCAUGCUGGUAUUAGACGACCAUUUUUAUUACGUCCAAAUCGUCCAUCUAUUCGUCGAAAACCACACAAAACCGGUCUCAUACGAAUUAGUACACUGGAUGAACUACCAAUUAUUCAAACAAAGAAUAAUCCAGAUGAUAUCAACUCAAAACCGAGGUCAUCGACACAGAAACCACAUUUAUCCCGAAAUAGUCUUGUACACCCACAAAAAUGUGUCUACAAUACAUUAAGACGAAAUUCAACGAAUAACUUGAAACGAUCAUUCCGGAAAUCAAACGCAAAUCAGCAGCCUAAUCGUUCGAUAGCAAAGAAAUCAAAUAGUACUAAUGGAAAGAAGGAAAAAGAUUUUGAUCAGCAAUCAAGAUCGACUAGUAAUGAAUCAUUUCAAGAUAUGCUUCGAAAUGAUCCAUUGUUGGUCGACGCAAUGAAAGAAUAUAAAAAGCUUCGGGCCCAUUCAUCUCGAAGUACAUCCAUUAGCCAUGUUCAUCAGACUCAUCCAAAAUCUCAAGAAUCUAAUCAUCAUCAUCGUAAACGAUCACUUCAACGUGAUUUAAGUGUAGAUAGUUUAUGUUCAAGUAUAGAUACACACCAUAGAUCAUCCUCAAGAUAUAACGAUAGUCAGUCGAGUUUUACAAGCGUUGAACGAUCGGAAAUACGUCGUCUAAUUAAAACAAUGAAAGAAAAUUCAAGAAAAAUGCCCUUUAUAGGUUGUUCUACAACACAACAUGUUCCAGCAGUUCUACCAAACAAAGAAUAUAAUCAACAUUGCCUGAAAAAAUCAUUAAUAGCUAAUGAAUUAGAUAAAGAAUUUAGUCGAAUACGUGCUCAACAACCAGAUCAAGAUCUGAUUUAUGUUCCACCAAGUAUGAUUUGUCGUAGACAAAAACCCUAUCAGUCACCAUCACAAAAAAUCAAAUCAGUCAAUAAAGAAAUUGCAUCAUCACCGUCACCACCACCGACAUUUGCCGAGCUAUUGCGGAAGGUUCAAUUAAAACCAGUUGACACCAAAAAGUUGGAUGAAAAUGUUAGGGAAAUCAAUGUAAUGCAUAAGUCAGACAUAAUCAACAAUUCUAUCAUAGAAAAAUCAACUGACGUUAAAACACAAAAUGAUCUUAACUCAGUACCACCUGAAAUUUAUGAGAAUCCAGUUGAUAGUCUUACAAUACACGGUAAAUCAUCGACAUCCGAUAAAACAGACUCUUCUCACCAAGAAAACGAUGAAACCAAGUCGACAGCUAAUUCAGUACCGAAAACUGAAAGUAUCUGGAAAACAAAAGAAUUAGGUAGACAUCAGUCAUCGAUUGAAAAUUACGAAUAUGCUACACCAAUGAGAAAAGGUGCAAUGAUGAUAAAACAACAAACAGAAAAUAUUCCGUGUGACGUUGAGAUUCCAACAACGUCCCAAUUUCAACCAAGUUUGCGUUUGAAAACUGAACAAAAAAAACUCAGGAGCUUCAGUUUUUGCAAACCAAUUGCUGAUGAUGUACAACAACAACAAUCACUACAACAACAACCACUACAACAACCACUACAACAACAACCACUACAACAAUCACUACAACAACAACUACAACAAAUGCGAAAAGAUAAAAUUCGUCCUGUUUCGAUGUUUAAUUUUUUACAUUGUGGUCUAACUAAUCCUUUACCAGUUACAUUUCAACCAAAUCGUAAUCAAGUAAAGGAUAAUAUAUACUCAACUGAAGAACAAAUUGAUAAAUGUGUCAUGAUAAAGACAGACGAUGACAACAGAACAAUAAAUAUCGACUCAAUAAUAUUACAAAAUCAUUUGGAUAAUAAUCAUAUAAUGACAGAUUAUUUUUAUUCCGAUUUUGAUAUUAAACCUUCAACAUCAUCGUCACUGUUUCAUGAUUUAUCAAAAGUAUUCCAUAGACGAAAACUACAUUCGUUCAAGGGUUGUAGUGAGAAAAAGCAGAAACCAAAACAUCGAUGUUCAAUUAUGUAA